AUGAUGUCUGCAAGCCUGGCAGAUCGCCCUACUGCCAGAGAUGCCUUGGACUACACCUGGUUAAUACCAAUGCUGCAGGACUCGCUGCCAGACCAGACUGCUCCAGCUAUCCAAGAUACAGCCAUGACGGCCACUGCUCCGAAACAGCAAAUACCAUCCACCACCCAAAACGUCUUGCACCCGGGUAAGAUUGACUUGACGCCUGGUGCCCCGAAACAUAGCUCCAGGACAGAAAGGGCACAGCAAAUGCAAACCAGUCUGGGUAUCGACGGCGACACAUACAAGCAGCUCAUAGAUACUCUGAAUAAUGCAAAACUGACUGAAUCACCAAAUCCUAUUACGAACUCCAGCCAACUUUACAACGGCCAUCCAACCGCAGACACCGAAUCAAUCGCCCCGUCCCGAUCCAGCGAAUCUCAAUCCAGCGAACUCGCCUUCCACGCUUCUCAUACUCAAAGAAUCUCAGAGAAACCCACAUCGGUUGACCUACCCUCAUAUAACCGUCGCAGAUCCGACGCAGCUCCAAUCCCAAUCUCCGAGCUCUCGCAUGUAACCCCCGUGGUGGAAAGUCCGACUUCGAGAAGCCCGAGCACAAGUAUCAAGAAUGGCUCAGACCGGUUUUCGGAAAAGAUUAGAAGGGCAUCUCGCAGUAUUAUGCCGAAGCCAAAUCGACGUUCCCAAGAUCAUGCGCCGACUUCGCCCAUUUCUCCCAAUCCAAGGUAUCUACGCUUUACAUAG